GAGCCCCUGACCGCUGUCCUUCCUCCCGUGUCCGGUACAACGCAGGUUCUUCUCCACACUCUACUCAGCACUGCCAUUACCAAAACUACCCCUACGCCCCUGCUAUUUUUCUCUUCCCAUAUCGUAAAUAUCCCCAAAAAGACAUUACAUUUCCUUUUUUACCCCUCCCCACGCCAUUUUUUCUCCCGACGCCGGUACUUUUACUCUCACACACACUCACGCACUACCUAAGACUCUCUGCAUAUAUAUAUUUUAUAGGGUUAGGGUUUUUUUUUCCUUGUUUCAUAGCAAAAAGGAGGAAUAAUCUGUAGGGGUAAUGCUUUAAAUUGAAUUCAAUUUCGAAAAUUAAUCGAAGAAACGAGGAAUGUAUACUCCAGUGCAGUUGGUGGGGCCGACGAACGGCCACGGUCAAUACUCCAGCCAUGGUGGUGGAGAUGAUGUCAAGGCCGCCGUAUUUGGAGGCGGAGGUGGAGGAAGGGAAUCGAUUGAAGACACUGAGAUUGUGGGCUUUGAGGAUGGUGGCACAAUUGGGGGUUUGGAUGGAAUCGAAGUCUCGCUUCCGCAAAAUACCACCUUGUACGGUGGUGGUGGUGGUGGUGGUGAAGGGGUGGCAAUGGCAAUGCCGCACGGCGGUGAUGUUGCGAACCAGCUUACGCUUUCGUUUCGUGGCCAGGUUUACGUGUUUGAUGCUGUUACCGCUGAAAAGGUCCAAGCAGUACUCUCACUUUUGGGUGGAUGUGAAUAUACUCCGGGUACUCAAGCAGUAGACUUGCCAUAUCAGACUUCAAAGAGUUUGAUGGACUAUAGUGGGCGGUGCAAUGAUCCAAAGCGGGUAGAAUCUUUGAAUAGAUUUCGACAGAAAAGGAAGGAACGUUGCUUUGAUAAGAAAAUCCGGUACAAUGUCCGUCAAGAAGUUGCAAUGAAGAUGCAGCGAAAGAAGGGCCAAUUCGCCCCGAGGAGUUCUGAGGAUUCUGUUGCUUGUGAUGUUGCCGAAGAGUCUGGACAGAUUGAUAACCCACCAGAAACCUCAUGCACACAUUGUGGUACAAGUUCGAAGUCAACUCCAAUGAUGCGGCGCGGUCCAGCUGGUCCUAGAACUCUUUGCAAUGCAUGUGGGCUUUUUUGGGCAAACAAGGGAACAUUGAGGGAUCUUUCCAAGAAAACCCAUGCUGUGACUGAAGAGGACGAGGCUGAUAGUGACUCUGACUAUGGAACUCCCAUCAGUGCACGUGGUAAUCUUGUUUCAUUCUCCACCAGUACCAGCUCAGCUGUAGCAGCGGAGCAAUAAAUUAAAGCAUUGGCAGGGUUAGCAGGCACAUUAUUGACCUUCUAUUACCUGGGCUGAUAGAAGGUUUUAACUAAUCAAUGUCAGCCUGUUCCCCAACUGUACAGUCUUGGUUUAUAUUAGAUGACAUAUAAUCUUAAAUACUAGCUAUGAUGGUUUAGAAAUUUAGGAUAUCCUGCUUGGAAGCCAGAGAGAUAUACUUUUAAGUGAAGCAUGUUGGCGCUGCACUUGCAGGUCAAUUACUAGAUAUAAUUUUCAAAGUUUGAUGCACUUAAUGCACUGCUGCUGAACUUAUUGUGGUUAAACAGGAUCAUGUUUUACUUCAAUACUUCUGCUGCUGCACAAAUUGCCUAGUUUAUAGACGAGAAUACAAAUUGUAAAUCUCUAACUUAUCCA